UCCUCGUUGAGAGGCAGCUCGGGCCAGGCGGGCAGGCAGGCCGGCGGGCACGCUCUCUGUCCGUCUGUCCGUCCGUCCAGUCCCGACCAUGCUCCAGGUCGGCAGCGCGUCCUCUCCCGGAGCCGUCCCCGACGACGUGCGGAGCCUGCUGGCAGAUCUUGAGACAUUUGUAGCAGAAACACUCAGAGGGGAAAAUUUAUCCAAGAAAGCAAAGGAAAAGAGAGAAUCCCUUAUUAAGAAGAUAAAAGAUGUAAAGUCUGCCUAUCCUCAAGACUUCCAAGACAAAGUUGAUAUAGACGAUGGAGAAGAAUAUGAUGAUCCUUUCCCAGGGCCUCCAGAUACGCUCUCCCAAACAUCCGACCGCUGUGAAAAAGACGACGAGGCACCCUCUGAUGGAAACCAGUUCCCUCCAAUUGCAGCACAGGACCUUCCAUUUGUUCUGAAGGCCGGUUACCUUGAGAAGCGGAGAAAAGAUCACAGCUUCCUGGGAUUUGAAUGGCAGAAGCGUUGGUGUGCUCUUAGCAAAACAGUUUUCUAUUAUUACGGAAGUGACAAAGACAAACAACAGAAAGGUGAAUUUGCUAUAGAUGGAUACAACGUCAGAAUGAAUAAUACCCUUAGGAAAGAUGCAAAGAAAGAUUGCUGUUUUGAAAUCUCAGCUCCUGAUAAACGCAUCUAUCAGUUCACAGCGGCCACUCCCCGAGACGCUGAGGAAUGGGUCCAGCACCUGAAAUUUGUGUUACAAGACCUGGAAUCUGAUGUCAUUCCUGAGGACGACGAUGAAAGGGGAGAGGUGUACGACGACGUUGACCCCGGGCCCACGAUCACAAAUCCCCCAGCAAAUGGCCAGCCGAGUGACGACGAAAUUUACGAAGUGCUUCCAGAAGAUGAAGAUGACAGUUCUUACAAGAUGGAGGAGCCCAAGCAGAUGAAUGAAGAGGUCACUCACACUCCAGCAGAUAAAAGCACUGAUUAUGCUAAUUUUUACCAAGGUCUAUGGGACUGCACAGGGGCUGUUCCUGACGAGUUGUCAUUUAAACGUGGCGACGUUAUCUACAUUCUCAGCAAGGACUACAAUAGAUUUGGCUGGUGGGUAGGAGAAAUGAAGGGAACCAUUGGCUUGGUGCCUAAAGCCUACAUAAUGGAGAUGUAUGAUAUUUGAGAGUCCUGGCGAAUCCUAACAUUUAAAAGUCAAGAAAGAAGUUGGAGCUUGAGUUUUCGUUUGAGCCUGAGAGACGCCGUGGAUUUGGCGAGAUCACCCAAGCAUCGAGUGAUGACUUCUCUUCUUUCUUCAUGUUGCAGAAAGUCAUCACUCUCCCCUUUCCAUUCAUCCUUGCCUGUAAUUUUAUACAAUGCUCCUUUACAAUGUUUUAAUGAUCAUAAAUUAAAGGAAAGUUAUGCAUAGCAAUCUGGUACAAGCCACAAAGUGAUUAGACUUGUUGCUGUUUUGCGUGAGAAGCAAUCGUACUUUUCAUUUAUUCAGCUGCUUUGUGUGAAUCCAGUCAUUUGGCUUUCUGGAAGAACCCAGCACUGUUUCUCAAAAGUCAAAUGACCGUUCUUAUCAGGGGUCUUGUAAUGCCCAUUACUCAGAAGAAGUGAAGUUUUGUGGCCGCGAUGUCUAAUUUCACCGACAUUUCCAUUUAAUAUAUCUUAAUGAGGCAAGUUUUAAAGCAGGCCCUCUGCAUGCAGAGAAUGUGUUAAAGCACUGGCGGUGAUUUAUUUUGGUAUUUCACGUAGUAUUGACCUUUUAUCAUGAAAGAAUUUAUGCCUUAUUGGCAAAUUUACAUCAUAUUAAAUGUGACCACAAGAAGGAAAAAUACUGGAAUGGAAAAGCACAACGUCCCGUCAGCUUCUAUGAGAUGUGUUGUUGGGUGAAAACCCAAAGCCCUUUGUCAUUAAAAACCAUUUGGGUUAUUUGCAUAGACAUUGGGGCCGCAUCAUUAUUGAAUGUGCUCCACCCCAUUUACUAGAAGGGCUCCCACUGCCAUCAUGGGAAAGAAAGAAGUGGGUCAUUUUAAACUUAGCCUGGGAGCUCAUUGCUAGAUGAUGAAAGGCAGAGUUGUUUGGAGCUGGACAGAGCCUCUGGUAUCACCUAAUCCAGUCCCCCCACUUUAUCAGUGAGAAAAGAAGUGAAAACUUCUGGAACAUUCAUUCACCAGCAGGUAAAUCUGUGGUGGUGGGGGAGUGAUGGCCUGCUGCCCUCCUUUGGAGAUAGGGGUUUUAAAUGCCCCUGAAUUCUGAUGGGGUUGGAAGAGUCUUACCAGCGAAUCUUUAAGUUAGACACCACCUCCCUGGGCUUUCAUUCCUGUACUCCCAGGGAGUUGUGGACUUAAAGCAGCCUUUCCCCUGCCUUCUCCCUUUUUAAACAAUACAAAAAUAUUUACAAAAAUGACAGGAUUUGGCAAUAUCGAAACUGCUGGGAGUAUUUCAUCUUCAUCCUCUCAUCACCGUGAAAUUGGCAAACUCGUGUCAGUGAUCAAACUCUUUCAUUAAUUUCACACACAAAAAAUAACAAAGAUUAAAUAGCCCUUCCACUAUAAUUUAGAAAAAAUUGACAUCUUAGUCUUAAAAAAAAAAAAGUCAGAUACAUUUGAGCAUCUAAACCAAAUUAACAAAAUUAGGUGACCUUGGCCUGGAGAGAAACUUCCCAUGUCACGAGGCAAAGCAAACUUGAUUUUCCAAGUUAAGUUGCUAAAAAGAGAGAAAUACCAAUGCAGAGGGAGGCUGGUGGGUUUGGGUUCUGGGAAGCUUUCCGCAUUGCCACAUUGGGCCAGUAGAUGGCAGCAGAUUUUCAUCACAUGGGGAACCAUUUUGAAACCCUUCCCCCACCUGGGCUACAGUCAUCUCUAAUUUCAAACAUUUGGAGAUUUCCUUCCUCUUUUUUUUUUUUCUUUUACUGUUAAUCCAGGAGAGGGAGUCCUUUGCCAACCGAUGAAUAACAAUGUCUGUCCAGACAUCCUCCCAUUAAUGGUGGCGCGAAGGGCUCCAGCGGCCAUUGCCUUUUUCCUGGGGAUCUUUGGGGAAGGGUGAAGAACGGUGAUGCCACUAUUUACAGAAAGAAUCAUGGUCACGAUGCCCCUUUCGUUACAUGCUUAGGUCUAAGCAAUGUAUGUGUACUUGAUGAAAUCAUUUGUAAGUCCUAGGAAAAAGUUUCCUUGACACCCUUGACAAUAUCACGCACCCAAGUCCAACAUAAUAUCAUUAAUGUGAUUUUAAGCAACGUGGAUUAGAAAAUAUGCUAAUUGCCAUGUCUCGUUAUGUUUGCUUCACUUUUAUUUGUUUUUCUAUGAACAUUUAGAGAACCAAUUUUUUUCAAAGGUGAUUGUAAGUCAUAUUUUAUAUAGCAUUUUGCUUGAUUAUUUGCUCUGCACUGAAUUUGUACGCUGUUGCCAUUAGAUCUUACAAUAAUGUUCCACUCUGCAAAUUUUUAAGGUUCAAAUAAAGUUUAAUUGUUUGCAAACUGU